CCUUCGUGGCGCGUUGCGUUGGUGUAGUGCGAGCGUUUGCGUGCCGUUAAACGGCGUAAUCUAAAGCAGUGCAAAAACGAGCUCUGAAAGCUUCUCAGAACGCAUUCGAUCAACCGGAUCAACCGGUGUAUUACGCUAUCAUUGCGCCACUAGGUCGUCUUUGUGUGCACUACGAAUUUGAUGUCCCGAGUUCCAACGAGUUAGGCCUAGGCCUACCGACAUGUUCGGAGAUGUUUAGCCUAGUUAUGUCUUAGUUUAGCCAAGUGUCACUCGUCUAUUUACUCGUGCACGAGUGCGGUGCGAGCAGUAGAGCGUGCUUUCAGUUGCAUCGGGGACCACAAUGAGCAAGAGCUGUCUGGCAGUAGCGGCGGAGGCCGCGGAACGAGUCAACGCCAUGCUCGUUGCCAAAGGCAAGCUGAAGAUCAACGGCUGCACGGGCCGCAGUUCAGGGGACCUGUUCACCACGGAGGUGGAGAUAAACGACGCUCCGCUGGCUGCACGGAACAUCCUCACCAAGGGUGUCUUCCAGGACGAGAUCUGCCGGACAACGAACGCCGUCAUGUCGACGAGAGGCCGCUACAUGAAUGCGGUAGACAAAGCUGGCGCUGGAUCGGGGGACCGGGCUUUGUACCUGCACAUCCAGGCAUCUACUGUGGAUGCUAUUGAACGAGCCAUGGCCCGGAUCAACAUGGUGAUCCGGGAGCACACGAAAGACGACCCUAACUUUGCGGCGUCAGAGCCCACGACCACUGAGCUGGUUCAGGUGCAGCUGGCCGAGACCAACGCCAUGGCCGCUGCAGCCCUCUCCCUGCUCACUGCCCAGGCGGCGGCCACUGGGCACCACUACAUUCAGGACAAGAUAUUCGUCGGCCUGGAGCAUGCGCCCGUCGGCUUCCCCGUGCGCGACAAGAUUCUCGGUCCCGGGGGCUCGUACCUGGACCAUAUCAAGGGCACCACGGGGGCUAACGUGACUCUGAGGGGCAAGGGGUCCGGCUGCCUGGAGCCCACCUCGGGCAGGGAGGCCUUCGAACCGCUUCACAUCCACAUCACGCACCCAAACUUGGAGGGACUGCAGGCGGCCAAGUCCCUGGCGAUUAGUCUCAUUCAGACGGCUCAUGCCGACCUGGCAGAGUGGCAGCAACAGCAGUUGGCAAGCUUGACCCUUCACUCUGCCAUGGCACUACCGACCACCGCCCAGCAGUUGGCGCCGUCGGUGAUUGCGGGCCUUGGCCAGGUGUUCCAGCCGGUUGCCGCGGCCACCGAGAUGCAAGCUCAAGGGAUCCUGGUCAGCCCCGGGGUGGUGGGCGGGCAGUCUGCGUCCAUCAUGCUGCCAAUGUCACUUGCAUCGACCGUGCCAACCACGUCAGAUGCUUGGUGGGCGUGCAGCCGUGACGAUCAGCCAUGCGUGAGCUACGUUACCGCUUUACCUCAGGCACAGGCUGCCGUCGUUUACCCAACCCAAACCGUCAUGGCCGCUGCCCCUUCCACAAUGGCGCAGCUUCAGCCGCAAAUUCAGCUUCAGCAGCACCAGUUGCAGCAGCAGCAACUACAGCAGCACCAUCUCCAGCAGCAACAAUUGCAGCAACAACAACUGCAGCAACAGCAGUUGCAGCAGCAGGUUCAGCAGCACAUUCAGCAACAAGUUCAGCAGCAAGUCCAGCAGCAGGUCCAACAACAUGUGCAACAACAGCAACAGCUUCAGCAGCAGCAACAGCAACAACAGCUUCAGCAGCAGCAGCAGCUUCAGCAGCACAUUCAGCAGCAGGUGCAGCAGCAGGUUCAGCAGCAGGUCCAGCAACAAGUUCAGCAGUUGCAGUCGCAAAGCCAGCAGCUUCAGCAGCAACAGCAACAACCUCAGCAACUUGCAGCGGGGGUGCAGCCGUAUCAGGUGGUGCCACCCCCGCCGCUGCCGUCCACCUUCUCUGCGCCUACCGCAUACCCUCACCUGCACCACCAGUACGCCCAGUACAACAAGCGCAAGUAUGAGACGCCACCUCCACCCCUGCCAGUGCCACCCGACACCUCGGUGCCACCUCCCAUAGCCACCGCGACGCCAGCACCGCUGUCCACCGACACCUCGGUGCCACCACCGGUGGCCGCCGCUGCGACGGCACCCCCGGACACAUCGGUGCCACCUCCCAUUGCCGCGGCAACAUCUGCGGCGACGCCAGAUACCUCAGUGCCGCCACCUAGGGUGACGCCGGACACCUCCGUGCCACCGCCUCCGCGCUAUGGCACCAACGAUGAUUGGAGGUUCCGGGUUCCACCGCCACCGGUCUCAACCACCAUGCCACCCCCGCCGUUGACGAAGGUGCCGUCGACACCGCCGCCGUCGGCGACCGCCCCCUCUGCGUCUUCGCCGCCCGGGCAGAGCACGGCAGCGUCCGGCGCCGCCCAGGGCUCUGCCGGCACCGCGCCACUUUACUACCGUAGCCUGAGGCCGCUUGCCAAGUCCUCCUACCUGAGCAGCUACCAGACUUCCUCGCUGGCGCCUCCGGAGAUGGACUACGGCUCACGGAGGGAGGCGGGGACAAGUGGUGCUGCCACCGCUGCAGCGCCCGCCUCCAGCGCCAAGAAGGCGGACUGGGACCUGAUGCCGCCGCCGCUGGCCCGGCGGUCGUCGUCGGCCGGAGGGACGAGCGCUGCAGCAAGCUAUCCUGCAUUGAAGAGGCCCCUGGAAUCUUCUAGCACGUCAAGCACCAGCGUUGACUGGAAGAGACCAAGAGGAGCCCUCUGAGAACUGGACGCUGAAGGAUCGUCAUCAAGACAAGGGACGCCGAUGGAUUGUGUGGUUGGUGGUGUGGUGAAAAGGACGCCCUGGGGUUUGGGGGAUCUGCUUAAAAUGUCUACCAAGCUUUUUUGAGAUCUUGUCUACAUAUUUAUAUAGUAAUGUACGUAUGUGAACUAGGGUGACCACCCUCCUGCUAGCGAAAUGCGGGAGACGAGGGGGGGGGGGGGGGGGAUUUAUGAACUCGCCAUGAACCGAGGCUUUGUUUGCACAUUUAAUAUCCUGUGCUGCUUAUACACCUGAAAGUUGUAUUGCAGCAAUUAAGCUAAAAUAAUUUUCACUCCCAGUGAUGUUAUAUUUUUAUGCCAAUUAUGUUUUAAUGUGUCGAAGCCGAAAGCAUAAAAAUCAACAGCAGCAGAACUCAAUGCAUUAAAUGAAAUGAAGAAACUAAAUCUUUUUUGGGUUAUUGUUUCCUAUCAACGCCUAAUUUUAUCAACAUGAUCCUACACAAAUUUUUAACGUGAUGUUCUUUUUCAACCGUUCCGAGUUGCCGGCUUUUUGCAUUGUGUUGCUGUCUUGGAAAAAAAAAAGGAUUUGAAAGGGAUUAAAUUUUUAUAUUUAAACUUUUGGCGAGCAAUUUUUCUUACAAUAUUUUUCCGCCAAGGGGAGAGGCACAAAAGAGCAUGCGCGUCGGUUCUCCUGCAGGAACGAUGGUCGCUUCCCACAAUUGGAUGGAAAAUGCCGUACCAUUGAGAUUCACACAAUUACUAGCGACCUCCGCACUUUGCCUUGCCAUGUUGUUUGGCAGCACCACGAGUUGGAAUGAAUUUUAUGACAGUAUGAAAUGCGAAACAAUUUGAGGUUUCGAAAAUUUUUUGCGGGAUGUGAGCUUUCAAUGCGGGACAGUCCCGCGAGUCGCAGGACGGGUGGUCACCCUAAUAUGAACUGUGGAGGGUCGUGUGCUGUCACAUUGGGGCAGUGACCAUAAAUGUUGUCCCGUCAAACACCACCUUAUUUGGUGUAGGGCAUGUGUGCCUGGGUUAGGUCCUUCCAUGAGCACUUACAAUGGGGGAGUUUGCCUGAACACUUUCACCAUCUACAUUAUGUACAAAGUUCUUUGUGAAUAAAAAAUCAACUUG